UCCCUGUUCCUCCCCCCUCCACUCCCUCCCCUCCCGUCGGUCCAGGUUCUCCUCCCCCAGCGCCUGGCUCUGUCUUGGCUUGGCUCCAGAGUUAAAUGCCUCCGCCAUCGAGUCAGUGCAGCGGCAGCCAGAGCCAGGGCUUGCCGUCGCCGUCCCGCUCCGCGCGCCGUGGUUGGUAGCGCUCCCCGUCCCCGCCGCGCGUGGUGGUUGGGGUGGGCGGAAGAACUGGAGCGGGGGAGAGCAGUGCAGGGUUGAGUUGAGGGACCUGUUGUUGGCGCGUGUCUCCCUGUCGCCCACAGGUUCCUUCCUCCUUUUUAUUCCUCCGCGCCGCGGCCACGGGGGGGACGGAUUCCGGAGAGGAGGGAUUUUUUCAGCAGCUGAGCUGGAGAGUAGUCGGGCGCGGGUGCUCUGAUCCCUUGCCGCCUGAGCUGAUUCUCGUCGCCGUGGCGCGCGGCGGCGCUGUUCGGGAACGUGGUGGCGUGCUCGUUCCUUGCCUAGCUUGGCGUGAUCCGAUUCUGGUCCCGACUGAAAGGCGGCGCGGCGCGGACUGCCGAACAUAGCUGUACAAGCGUGUGCCUCGUGCUUGCGAAGAGAUUUCUGCAACCAUCAUUCCAAGGUUGAGAAAGUCAGUUUUUUUAUAUGCCUGUACUCCAAUCAUGUCGGACUUCAUCGGGAGUAGAUAUGAUAAGCAAGAAGAUUUUCAACUUCUGAUGAGCAAGAAAGAUCCUGGAGAAUCUCCGAAACACAAGCAUUACCUAUGGAUGGCACACUGGACCAAAGCAAGCAGCAGUGCACAACCCCAAAAUAACAAUAGCAGCAACCCUUUGGAGGAUAUCAACAAGGCCAGUACUACAAAAGACAGUGAGACUUUGCCUUAUGAAUUCAUGAAAUCAACAGUAUCUGAAAGGCUCAUGGUAGGAGUAAGCCGUGGAAAUGCCUCUGUGCAGCAUGCCCAACAAUUCAAUUCUAGUAUGUGGGGUGUGGCACAUCAUGUUUGCAAUGAAUUGGGGGCGAAGGAUAAUGAGCAGGUUGAUGAGUCUUUUGAAAAAUCUAUGAAGCAGAAAGCUGUGAACUUGUGUGCUAGGGCAGUUGUCUCAGAAACAUAUUCUGUUCACAAGCUUUCAGAAUUACCGAUGAAUCUUCAGAAACUUGGGAGCUCAGAGGAUCCAAGUUUAGAUUGGAGCCACUUUCCUAUGUUCGCAAUUAAUCAAAAGAUUGGCAACAUACUCAACCCAAAACGAAGGUCUGCGCUUGGUUCUGCAUCACUGAAUCUAAAUAUGUCUACAUCUCAUGUUAUGGCUCUAUCAUCACAGGAAUAUAGGAUGAACUCACAUCAAACUGCUGAUGAGAAUAUGGAAAUGUCGGAACCUGCAGGAGGCUUUGCAUCUCACAUAGAAGAUCCUGGUGGCCUCAACUCAGAUCCUUCAGGACAAAAGUUAAAAAGGAAAUUAUUGGAUACAAUAUCAUGUUCUUGCAGCAAGGAUGACAACUCAUCAGAUCGUCCAAUAGAUGAGCAGCAUACAAGCCACUAUUUUGCAAAAGCAAAGCAUGAGCUACCCUGCGCAUCUAAUGAAAAGAAGUUCACAUUUGCAGGAAACAACAAUGAUCGCACUGUUGCAAGUGCGUUCGACAAUCUGAAGACAAGAAAAUCUGCUGUCCAUAAACAACAAAAUGAUGCAAAGGCCGCAUUCUGCGCUCCAGUACUUGGUAGAGAGUUUCAGAAUGAACCAAUAACUAUUUCUAACAACAGCAAGAAGGAUGUUGAAAAUUUAAAUGAGACAUAUAGAUCUCAUGGCAAGGCUGUUUCAAGUUCUUUGCUACCUUUUGAGCAGCAGCAUCUGAAAAUACAGAGAACAGAAUCUGCAGCAGAUUUGGAAGGCUACUUGUUAUCUGAUCAAAUCGCAAACAAGUUGCCAGAAAAGAGUAAGAGUAAUGGUGAGCUGCUGACUCAUGGACCAAAGUCAAAGGAAAUGCAUACAGGUUCCUGUAACCGACGAGGACCCUGUUUAUUUGAAAAGUUAACAAUUCCUUCCAAGUCACAAAGUGGGUAUCCUAAAAAUUCUGCAUCUUCAGGAAAAUCUAGUGGCUUUGGAGUUUGUAUGUAUGGCACCAAUAUUGGCAGUCAGCUAUUUGGAGCACAGAAUCAAUCUUCAGCUAAGACUGAAACAUUGUACAGCGAUACUCUUAUUCCGUCCAAAUCCUCAGCAGGCAUUGCUUCUUUGUCGGCACAAAAGGACUACGGUUGCCCAGAUGAAGCAAAAAGUGUGCAGCUGGUGACUCCUUCCCAAAGAGGAGAUUCACGAUACAGUAAAGAUGACGGGUUCCACAAUGUGAAUGAGAAUCAUGAUGUUUCGUCAAAAGCUACUAUUGCCAGUAAGCAAUCAUGCAUGCCCAAAACAAGAAUCACAAACCUAGAUCUCAUCCUAUCCCAAAUGAGCAGAAUGAGAAAUCAAAUUUCUAGUGGUAUAGUUCAACCACCAAUUGGUGCCGAGCCAAGUGAUAGAUGGCUCAAGCGGCUACAGCUUGAUAUAUCAGAUCCUGACAUCCCUGGUUCCAAGAGGCCAAAAAUUGGAGACAGUCCUCCACUCGGGCAAACAAAUUUUUUGUUUGGCAUGGCUCUUCCUUGCAACAAGAUUGAUUCCGGAAUGAUUGGUCGUGCCAAGGAGGACCAGGGCUUAGAUGAAGGGAAUAACGAACUCCAAGACAAGCAAGGAAGAUCCCCAGUUCCAGCAAAGAGUAUGACUAGCUGGAUAGGAAGAUGGUGCCAGGGCGGCACUGCUGUUUUUCAUGAAGACCCAUGUCAGGGAAGACAAGCAACAAAACAUGGCCAGCCAUCUGAAGAACUUGAAGGACAGUUCCCAAGCAUCGCCGCUAUGGCAAUGAUGGGGCGAGUCAUGAACAAGCUCCGCCCGUGCGAGCAUCAGAAGAAGGGGCCAACUGUGGUUUGGAAGACAGAUUGAUUUUGUAUAUAUUUUCUUGCGUGUAAUUUACUGGUUCCUUUUUUUAAAAAAAUGUAAAACUACUGUGAAUUUUGCCUGUCAUUGGUUCAUCAUUGUGGUCUGCUAUUGUUAUUAAGCAAAACUGGUUAGUAGUGGCGACUGAUGGGUUACUAGUUUAGCAGGCCAAACAGUAGAUCAUGUUGAUACCAGUAAGAUGAAACUUGCGAACUGUCCCUGAAUUGCAA